AUGAGGCCUAUUCGCGUCGAUGAGAGGCCAAAAGAGAACAUAUUCAUAUUCUAUGAUUUUGAAACGCAGCAGUGUACCCCUGUAAAAGGUGAUCCUACAACGCGCGUUCACGAACCGAAUCUUUGCGUAGCUCAACGUGUCUGCACCAAGUGCUGCGAUAAUGCUUCUAUAGACGAGCCGUGCGAGCAUUGCGGGGAUCACGAGUUUCUAUUUAGGACGAACCCUGUGUGUCAACUUGUGGAGUUAGCCAUACAGAGUAUGCCGAACUUCUCUCACGUAUUUUUAAUAGCCCAUAACGCCGGUGGUUUUGACGCCCAGAUUAUCCUGCGCUACUUCAUCGAGGAGAAAAAAACGCAGCUCCCGUCUUUAAUAAUGAACGGCACUAAAAUCAUCACAAUGCGCGUUGGCAAACUCGUGUUUCUCGACAGCUUGAACUACUUUCACAUGCCUCUGAGUGCACUGCCUAAAUCUUUCGGUCUAAAAACUGCUCUCGCCAAAGGAUCUUUUCCGCAUCUGUUCAAUAGACCCGAGAAUCAAAAUUAUAUUGGGCCGAUGCCGCCCGCAGCCGAUUACUCUCCCGACACUAUGCGCCCGGAGGAACGCGAGCGUUUUUUUUGCAUGGACAGCGGACGCGUUUGCCCGUUUAGCGAAAACACAACAAUCGCGUCCGCCUGCUUCCAAAUCUUUCGAAAAAAUUUUUUAAAACCUAACACGAUCGGUAUUAUACCUACGGGUGGUUACAGAUGGGCUCACAAUCAGUCAAAAAAAGCGAUCUCGUGGCUCGUGUGGAUGGAGCAUUCUUUAAAUCGUCGUAUCAUUCACGCAGGACGCUCGCGCGAGUUUAAAUUGCCUCAAAAUUUAUUAGUAGACGGUUACUACGAAACACCUGAUUCAGCCCACGUGUUACAGUUUCACGGUUGCUAUUGGCACGGGUGUUUGAGCUGUUUCACUGUAAACAGAGACCGUGUACAAAGCGACGGUGAUACACUGAACGAGCGUCUCGAGAGAACAAACGCUAUAUCGCAGAGAAUCCGCUCAAGCGGCUACACGUUAACCGAGAUUUGGGAGUGCGCGUAUAACCGGAUGAUAAAAACAGAUUUAGAGAUGAGCGCUUUUGUGCCGAACAUGCUGACAGGUCCCGAAAAUAAUAUCAGUCUUUCCCGCGUCGAGGGCCUUGUUAAAUGUACAGUGCUUCCACCGCAAAAUCUUUAUCAUCCGGUGCUGCCGGUGCGAAUGCAUCAGCGCCUGUUAUUCGGGUUAUGUCGUAGCUGCUGCGAAACAAUGAACCAGGACGCGUGUCCUCAUGAAGACCCCGCGGAGCGUGUGUUUAGCGGUACUUGGGUAGUGGAUGAAUUGCGAAAAGCUAUUGCGUGCGGGUAUAAAAUAUUAACCGUGAGCGAGAUUUGGCAGUAUAAUAUAACGCAGUACAACCGCGAUACACAGAAGGGGGGCCUUUUCACCGGGUACAUAAACACUUUUCUUAAAAUCAAACAAGAGGCUAGCGGUUGGCCCAAGGGUUAUGCAGAUGACGAGGCUGCCCAAGAGCGUUAUAUAACUGCUUUUAAGACAGCCGAAGGGGUUCAGCUGGAGCGGGGUGCGGUAGCGAAAAACCCGGGGCUGCGCUCGGUAGCCAAACUUUGUCUUAACUCCUUUUGGGGUAAAUUUGGACAACGCGAAAAUUUACCACAAACAGAAAUAGUGUCGACACGCGAAAAACUUAUGGAGCUGCUAAAUAGCCCCGAGCACGAGAUCACUGGUAUGCUACCUGUUAACAACCAGGUGCUGUAUGUUAAUUAUACGAAAACCGAUGAUGCUGUAAUACCGUCUAAUAUAGCAAAUACUGUCAUAGCUGCAUACACCACAGCCCAAGCCCGUUUAAAACUUUACACCUAUCUCGAACCGCUGGGUAAGCGUGCUCUGUACUGCGACACCGAUUCCGUUAUUUAUGUCACGAGAAAAGAGCCUGGAGAGUAUGAACCGCCAACGGGUCAAUUGCUAGGGGAUUUAACCGACGAGCUAAGCUCUUACGGCGAGGGCAGUUACAUUAAGUCUUUCAUCUCAGGCGGCCCUAAAUUUUAUUCUUUCAUAGUUAAUACGCCGAGCGGCGCGGAAAGCGAGGUUUGCAAGGUUGUCACACGACCCGAAAAGAAAUCGUGCAUGCCUCUGAGCGUCAAGCGAAGACGUGAUGGCGAAUACGGCUCGCUCCCUUACGGCUACAAAUAA